UGCUAAAAAGUUCGCGAUGUUUUUCGGGAUUUUUGAAGCCUACCAAGCACAAUAAGUUGGAGAAAAUCGCUGAACAGUUGUAAUACAUUUUGUGUACUUCUGUGUAAUACUUGAAGUACAUUUCGAAAAGACGACAGUUCAACAAUUCCCUUCAAGAUGACCACGCAACGGCAUAUUGUUAUCAGCGAGCAAACUGAUCAGAAGAUAGCGCACUUCACACUGAAAUGGACCUUCGACCACUUCGCCUCGUACCGCAACGACGCCAUCACAUGGUACAACAGCGGCAUCACCAUGGCCGAACUGGGGUUUGAUGAGCCCAUGCAGGGACGUUGGUGUAUUGGCAUAAAACCUUGCCAUACAGUUGCGGACUGGGUGUGGCCAGCGGAAAGUCGUUUCCUGGGAAUCGCGCUGGGUUUCGUCGACAGUACGGGUGAAGUUGCAUACAACGGCCCACGUCAACUGCACGCCGAAUUCCACGUCCGUUUAACUACCGGCGAAGGCUCGACACUACUCCACGAGCAGCAUGACGCAGCCGUAUUCUUGAGAGGGCAGAAUGUCUGGCGUAACGAUUGCUUCAUACGACAAGAUCGCCUGCUGGGCACACGUUGGCGCGCCGGUCUCAUCCGCGACAACUUGAUCACGGUCGUAAUGGACAUUAAGAUGCAUGACCAGCCCCACGUCAUCCGCAUUCCAGAGCUGGCGGUUACUUCGCUGUGCACCAAGGCCUUCCUGCAGCGCCAGCGCGAAUGCUGGCAGUCCGAACAGCAUCGGGAUCUGGCGGAUUUUGUCCUGCGCGCCAACGACGGUACCGUCUUCCGGACGCAUCGCUUUCUGCUGGCGGCGCAUUCGCCGGUCUUUGCCGCCAUGUUUACACACGAUUUCCAAGAGAAGCAGAAUUGCGGCUGUGAAAUGGCCGAUAUGGAUAGGGAGUGUGUCGAAGUCCUGCUGGCGUACGUCUACGCGUGCGAUGUUUCCAAGGUCACCGUGGAUAACGCUGAGAAGAUCCUGAUCAUGGCGGAUAAAUAUGAGAUUAUGGAUCUGCGCGGAGUAUGUGAAAACAUCUUGGCGAGUAAUGUCCUGGCGCAGAAUGCCGACCACUUUCUGGAAUUGGCUAGUCAACGGCAACUUCCUGUACUGCAGCAUGCAGCUGGAAAAGCCGCUGGCCACGCAUCAUCACUGCAGCAAGCGAAAGAGAAAAAACGUGCUAAUCGGUUGAGAUCGCUGUUUCGUCAUUCUUCUGCUUAGCGUACCACUGCAACUUCAAAAUUUUGUACUACUACUUAUAAUUAUCAAUUUAUCAUUAUAUCAAUCUUUUUUGCCAUUAAUAUGCAACUAUGCUACCAACUUCCUCACAUUUAAAUACCUUAUCUCGCAAUUGGAAGAUUUAUUUUCUUUCUCUUGUCAAGCGAUAACACAGUUUUCUUUUUUUUAACGCUUACUGCACAGUAGUUUGCAAAUCGUACGAAG